AUUUCAAUAUUCAGUUUAUUCGGUCGUCAUAAUGCUAUUGAAAAGCAUGCAGAAUUUAUUCCUAUUUAUUUGCCUACUGCUGGUAUCAUGGAAAUCCACUUCAGCUUAUUCAAUUGAGACUGAAAUGGCAGUUGACUCAAAAGAUGCAUCCUAUCAUAUUAGCACAUUCGAUACUGUAAAUCCAAUUCUAAAUAAGCUAAACGAAAAAUUCAGGAAAAUCUAUGAUAAAAUUAUGCCAUAUGAUAGCGAUUUGGAACAACAAAAUGAAUCAAAAACUAACUAUGGGAAACAAGAAUUUUUAAUCCGAGAAUUGAAAACCCACAAUUUCGAAUUACAAAACGCCAAUGAGUUUUUGAAGAACACUGUUGAACAAUUAACUAAAACUUUGGAAUCAACAGUUCAUAAUUUGAUCGAAGAACUAAUAACACUAAAAACUGAAAAGUUACAAAAUGUAAUUACGGAACACGAGGCAACUAUUGAGGAACUUAAUAGCCAAAUAGCAAAACUAAAACCCGAAUCAGAUUUCAAAACUCUUGAAACAAUGUUUGAGAAAAAGUUGGCUGAAAUUAGUGCUUCCAAUGCCAAAAGUCUUGCAGAGAAAGACGAAGUGAUUGAUACACUAAAAAGUCAGGUCAAAAUUAAUCACGAAAUGGAAACACAAUUGAAAGAAUUUCGAAAUGAAUUAAAACUGACAGAAGUGUCUUCUAGUUGCAUUCGCUUUGGCGAAGAUCCAGGUUUACAUGAGAUCAAAUUGCCAGGCAUCGAGUCUUUUGAAGUGUUAUGUGACAGUGAGACAGUCGGACCGGGAUGGACUGUAAUCCAGCAGAGAAUAAACGGAGAGGAGGACUUCUAUAGAGAUUGGAACACGUACAGUUCAGGCUUUGGCUCUUUCCUCGGCGACUUCUUUUUAGGUCUGGAGAAGAUUCAUCAACUAACGAGUUCUCAGCGCUAUGAACUCUACAUUCACAUGGAAAACUUUAAUGGUAGCACUAACUUUGCUCGCUACGAUGAUUUUAAAGUGAGCGGAGAAGAUGAAGACUACGAACUGAGCAGCUUGGGAGAGUUCUCCGGCAGCGAGGGAAUAGAUGAUAUGUUGAGAUGGCACGAAAACCAGAAAUUCACAACAUUUGACCGUGAGAAUGAUGAUUGGGCGGAUGGUAACUGCGCUGAGGACUGCCAUGGCGGCUGGUGGUACAAAGCUUGUGCAUCAAGCAAUUUAAAUGGAAUAUACUCGGACGUUGAAAGGACGGGAGGCCAAACCGUUUACUGGGCACAUUAUGUUGCUCUCAAAAAGGUCAUGAUGCUCAUACGCCCGAAAGCUGAUUAAAAGUAAAUUAUGAGAUGAUGAAUUAACAUUUUAAAUCGAUGGUUAGGCGGCUCUUAUAAAGUUCAAGAUUUAAAGUAAAAUAUAAACAAGUCUAUUAUGUUUGUCAAAAUCGCAUAGCAAAUUGUUUCUUAAGUAACUUUAACUUUAAGUUUAUUAUCCGAUCGAUCACAGAAGACAUUCACAUCAGAUAAAUAUGUAUGUUAAUGAGUUAAGACUAAAUACAUUUUAUUUCAUACAUAUAACAAUUCUCAAAACAAAAUCAUAUAGAAAAUUAAGUGACGUAUAAUCGAAAAAUCAAUUAAGUCUAAUAAAAAUAAAGAGAAAUGUUUUUAAACUCAAA